AUCACUGCUGCAAUAUCGGCCUCAAAGGCUGGUAAAGCUACUGGACCGGACAGAUUAGGGAAUGAUUGGUAUCGAGACUACUCGGACCUGCUGGUGCCUAUUCUCCAUAUUUUGCUCAACGCAUGGUAUUCGGAAGGCGUCUUCCCACCCUCGUUUCUUGAGGCAAACAUCUUCUGCCUAAAGAAAUCCGGAAACCAACAUGACGCACUGAACUAUCGUCCACUGGCGGAGCGGAUUCAUCACAACCAAAAUGGAUUCGUCCCCGGCCGGACUAUUCAUGAGACGCUACACAUCUUUGAAGCUGCGCAGAAGACGAUCAAUGAGGGAGGUGAGCAAGACGAUGCCCUCGUCAUGCUUCUGGAUUUCAUGAAAGCGUACGACUCAUUAUCGCGCAGCUUUCUUCUCAAAACUCUCAGAAGACAUGGGUAUCCAGCGAAGUUAAUAGAGGCUGUGCGACUACUGCAUGACGGGACGACAGUGAGCUUUAUGGCCAACGGAUUCACUUCGCGCAAAGUAAAUGUUACCAGUGGCAUUCGGCAAGGCUGCCCCUUGGCUCCUCUACUCUUCAUAUUAGCGUUGGAUCCCCUGUACAGGGAGCUCGAAAGGGACACUGGUAUGAAAGGUGUGUUCCUGAGAUCCGAAGGGGGCGAAGUGGAGGUGCGAGUUGCAGGCUAUGCGGACGACACCGCGGUUUACUUGGAUUCAGCGGCACAGGUGGUCGCUAUGCUAGCGAUUACAGACGCGUUUGGAGCUGCAUCUGGGUUACAGUUGAAUCAUCAUAAAACUUUGGUGAUCGCCUUACGACGAAACGGACCGACCCACGUAAUCUGUCUACCCCCUCCUUUGAAGUGGCUGACUUCUGACCAAUACGGCCGAUACUUAGGCAUACAAGUCGGCAGCAGAUCCGACCCUGAGCCAACCUGGCAUAAAACGAUUCAGCAACUCGAGGCGCGAUUGUUCAUAGCCAGUCAAAAGACAACGACAGUAGAGCAAAGGAGUCUGAUUGCCUCGGCGGUAAUUAUCCCCAAACUGACUUACAUCGGACAACACGCAUGGCCUUCUACGCGUACAAUGAAUUUGGUGGGGAAGAAGAUCAAAAACUAUGUGUGGCACGGCUGCUUUGCAACUGAAAUCAAUGGGUCGAGGGCUUGGCUAGACGCGGACUUAGCAGCGUUGCCGAGAACGGACGGAGGUUUAGCAGUACCCGAUUUGAGAAUUGAGCUGAUGGCGAUGGCUGCUACGGCGGUUGCCAAAUGGUCUUUUGGCGGUAGAGUAGAACACAUUGUGGGGGACAUAUUGAUGGCGGAUAAGGCCCUCCAAUCGAUUCCAGCAAUUUUCUUGAAUACUAAUGCAGUGGCGGUGCCAUCGACUAGAUUCCGCGAAGAAACACAAUGUGGACAACUGGGAAGACGGUAA